GAAACUUAUCUAGAUUUUUGGAUUUUUAGAAGCAAGAGCACACAGAAUAGUUGCAGCCCUGAAGGGGCCUGCAAAGGCUACAUUUUUGCCUUGAAGGUCACUGAGGAGCUUCAGUGCUGGCCUGAACAGGCGAGCCACAAGAGGCAAUGGGUACAAGUGAUGGAGGCAUUUAAACUUUGUCGGUAUGAAUGGAUGCGUGAAGCUCUUCGAAAAUUCAUACAACUAAUGUCAGUCCAAACCAUGCCACCUGCUCUCGAGUUACCUAUGCCACCUGCUCUCGAGUUAGCGGAACCAAAAAAAUCCAGCUUCAACGACAAUGUAAUGUUAGUAGGGAUGCGAGUUGCUUGUCCUACAAGUUCUUGGUGAGAAUGAGGCUCGUUUUGUUUAAAAAAUUGUUGUGUGGAGUCCCAAUCGCAGGCAUUACUUUUAAUGGGCAAUUUGGCAUUGGUCUGCUGUCAGGGUGAGUCCCAAUCAUGGCAACAUUUUGAUCAAUCCAAUGGCUGCCAUUGGGGUUUCGGAAUCCAUGCUGGUUGUCAGUGUAGAAUAUGUUACUCAUGUUGUAAUUCUGCUGUAAUGAGAAUGGAUCUGUUUUCAUCAACUGGGAAUCAAUGUGUACAGUACUUUAUAUUUUGUCACUGGCCUGAUUAUAGUUAAUGUUUCAUGUAUCA